AUGGCGAAGUUAACAUUGCACCGUCUACUGCAGCGCUUGCAGCUGACGGCGCAGCAGCUGCAACAACAACAGCAAUAGAACGCGCAUGGCUCUUUUAAGCUGGCGCAAUUGUGCCAAGGCAAUGGACACUAUCUAAUACUGGCCGUGCUUAUCUAUGGCUAUCUAAUGUUGCAUGCCUCAGCUGCUGCCGGUGUUGCAACCACUGACAACAUGUCCAAUCUUACAACAACCCUAGUAUUAAGCCAAUCACAACAACAACAACAACACGAACAAAACGCACAAAUUGAGAAACGUGAUGUUGCCCACGUGCCUGAAGAUGACUACGAUGCCAGUUAUCCAGAUGAUAUAGACGACAUUGAGGCCUUGAUUAAUAAUAAGUCAGCUAAGGGUAAAUAUAUUGGAGCGCCAUGCAACGAGCUGAAAUGUGAUGCCAAACUUUUGCACGUUACCUGUGAAAAGGAGACACAGACCUGCAGCUGUGAGCGUAAUUAUCCCGUGCAGCUGGGACUGAUAAAGGGUUGCGCCAAACCUAAAAAACUGGGCGAUCAAUGUUUCUACGAUGAGACAUGUGUCUACAACGAUGAGAACUCACUAUGUGUUCAGGUGCGGCACAAUGCGAUAUGCCAGUGUGCCAAUGGCUACCACUCGGUCAGCUAUACGAAGCCAACAAGACGUGUCUUCUGUACACCAGAUCUCAGUGAACUGGGCUCGGAUUUGCCCACUUUGUUGGGCGUUUCAACGGGCAUUGCGGUGCUGGCGGGUCUGAUUUGCAUGGUGUUGCAUCUGUUUAGUAAAACGAAAUAUCCGAGGCAUCGAAAUUUCGCUGAUGCCAACAUACCCCCGCCCAUACUCUACUCGAGCGAUACAGGGAUACCGUUGACAGUGCACUCGGCACGUCCUUCGUCGCGAUCCAGCAUACGUUCGACGGGUUCGAUAGGAUCCUUUGGGAAUCGGCGUGCCUCGUCUGGCGGCAUAGCUGGCAUCAGUGGCAGUGUUGCUGCUGGGGGUGGCAAUCACAGUGGCGGUGGCGGUUGCGGUGGCGGUGGCGCCGGUGGCGGUUCAAAGGGCAUACUUGUGUCGACAUCUCGUACAGGUUCUCGAAGACCAAGUCUAGCGUCCGUGCAUAGCACAAGCUCCUCGGUGCGCAGCUACAGCAUGAUGCGGUUCGAGAAGGAGGUGCAACAGAAGGAGAUUAGGCAGGAGAUGAAGCUGCGAUUGGCGCGACUGCAACAGCAGCAGCAUCUCACACAGAACAAGCCGCAGAUAAUCAUUGGUGAGGCGCUAUUGCAACAUGGGGCAAUCAGUCGUGUCACCAUGGCCACGCCCAGUCCGUUAACGCCCAAUUCACUGGACGAACUGUUGCCAUCUCUCGAUGAGAACCAGGAGUAUCCACCCAGGCUUGAGUCGACAUACAAACAGCUUAUCCAACCGCAGGCAACAGCAUCAGCGAUAGCAACAACAACAAUAGCAACAUCUACUAAUGGCUAUAAUGGUCCCUGCUCCUCAUUAACUGAGGCACGCUAAAACUUGAAUCGAUCUCGUAUAAGCGACCCUAACUAGGCCUAAGUUAUCUUCUAAGUCCUGUAUAUUUAUGUAUGUGUAUUUAAAUCUAUCGAAG